AUGGACGCCGGAGACGACCAUGUGCCCGGCUCUGGAGCCGACGACCACCGCAACGCCCAGGUCGACAAUGCCAUUCGCGCCAUCAAGGAGAAGAAGCCCCUUCCCGAGAUCGACUUCAGUAUUCAUACCAUGGAAGAUGGCACCCAGGUGAACACCGCCGAGCGGGUCUGCAAAGACGUACAGGCUCCUGCCAUGUUCAAGCCGACAGACGAGCAGUUCUUCGAGGACGAUUCGCACACCAAACCCAACAUCACUUUCCUGAAGCAACACUUCUACCGUGAGGGCCGACUGACCGAUGAGCAAGCCUUGUGGAUCAUCAAGGCUGGAACCGACCUUCUGCGCGCCGAACCCAAUCUCCUCGAGAUGGAUGCUCCCAUCACAGUGUGCGGCGACGUUCACGGCCAAUACUACGACUUGAUGAAGCUAUUUGAGGUUGGUGGCGAUCCCGCUGAGACUAGAUACCUCUUCCUUGGCGACUAUGUCGAUCGGGGCUACUUCAGUAUCGAAUGCGUUCUGUACCUGUGGUGUUUGAAGAUACACUACCCGAAGACCCUCUGGCUGCUGCGAGGCAACCACGAGUGCCGCCAUUUGACCGACUACUUCACCUUCAAGCUCGAAUGCAAGCACAAGUACUCCGAGGCCAUCUACGAAGCAUGCAUGGAUUCGUUCUGCAGCCUACCGCUUGCUGCCGUCAUGAACAAGCAGUUCCUCUGCAUCCAUGGAGGCCUUAGCCCCGAGUUGCAUACCCUAGACGAUAUACGAAAUAUCGAUCGUUUCCGCGAACCACCCACGCAAGGGCUGAUGUGCGACAUCCUCUGGGCCGAUCCUCUCGAAGACUUCGGUCAAGAGAAAACGAACGAGUUCUUUGCGCAUAACCAUGUUCGCGGCUGCUCCUACUUCUUCUCGUACCCCGCGGCCUGCAACUUCUUGGAGAAGAACAACCUUCUCUCCGUCAUCCGAGCACACGAGGCCCAGGAUGCGGGCUACCGAAUGUAUCGAAAGACGAGGACGACCGGGUUCCCGAGUGUUAUGACCAUAUUCUCUGCUCCCAACUACCUCGACGUGUAUAACAACAAGGCUGCCGUAUUGAAGUACGAGAACAACGUUAUGAACAUUCGACAGUUCAACUGCACACCACAUCCGUACUGGCUCCCUAACUUCAUGGACGUCUUCACGUGGUCUCUCCCUUUUGUCGGAGAGAAGAUCACGGACAUGCUGAUCGCCAUCCUGCAUACGUGCUCGGAGGAAGAGCUCAAGGAAGAGACGCCCUCGUCUAUUUCACCGGGCCCGGCGUCGCCUGCACUCACGGGGCCUGGUGACCCCGAGACGCUAGAGGCAAGGCGACGUGCUGUCAAGAACAAGAUCCUGGCAAUCGGUCGUCUCUCGCGAGUGUUCCAGGUUCUUCGCGAGGAAUCCGAGAGGGUCACGGAGCUCAAGACUGUGUCUGGUGGCAGACUGCCAGCGGGCACUCUAAUGCUUGGAGCCGAAGGCAUCAAAAACGCGAUUAAUAGUUUCGAGGAUGCGAGAAAGGUUGAUUUGCAGAAUGAGCGGCUGCCUCCGAGCCACGAAGAGGUGGUAAGAACCCAUGAGGAGGAACGCUCGCAGGCUCUGGCGCGGGCGACCCGGGAGGCGGACAAUGACAAGAAGCUCCAAUCUCUAUCUAGGAGACUCAGCACCGAUCGCAAACGAUGA